AUGAAAACUUUGCUCCAUUUCGUUCUCUUUUUGAUCCACCUCUGUGUUAAUGUCAUCUCAGUUCAUGGCCAAUGUAUUGAAGGCCAGAAGUCAUCAUUGCUCCAGUUGAAAAAAAGCCUUAUAUUUGAUUCUUCUGCUUCCUCCAAACUUAUAUCAUGGAAUUCAAGUACCGACUGCUGUUCUUGGGUUGGUGUUACUUGCACCAGUGGGCGUGUUGUUGGUCUUGACAUUAGCAGUGAAUCUGUCUCAGGUGGAAUUGACAAUUCAAGCAGUCUCUUUGAUCUUCAACAUCUUCAAAGUCUCAAUUUGGCCUAUAAUGGAUUAGGCUAUGGCUCUCAAAUUCCAUCAGCAGUUGGAAAGCUUACAAAUUUGAGCUGUCUAAACUUAUCUUAUACUGCUUAUUCUGGGCAGAUUCCUGUUGAGAUUUCACGCUUGACAGGGUUGCAAGUUCUUGAUUUAUCCAGUGACCCUUCCUUAUAUGGAACAACAAUACUCAAACUUGAGAACCCAAAUUUGAGUUUGCUCAUUCGGAACCUUUUGGAGCUUACUGAACUUCAUCUUGAUGGUGUAAGCAUAUCAGCGCAGGGGACUGACUGGUGCCAAGCAAUAUCGUCUUCACUGCCAAAGUUGAGGGUCUUGAGCUUGAUCAAUUGUAACCUAUCAGGCCCUUUUGAUAUUUCAUUACUGAAGCUUCAUUCACUCUCAGUCAUUCGUUUAGAUUACAACGAAUUGUCUAUUGAAGUUCCAGAGUUCUUGUCAAAAUUCCGAAAUUUGACUUCCUUGCACCUUAGUGAAUGUGGGUUACAUGGCUCAUUCCCAAAGCAGAUCUUCCAAAUUCCUACAUUACAGACUAUCGACCUAUCUUUUAAUCCACAGCUCCAAGGCUCCUUACCAGAAUUUCCCAAGAAUGGAUCUCUUCGUUCUUUGGUUCUAAACAACGCAAACUUUACAGGGCUUCUUCCAAACUCUAUCGGCGAACUCAAAAUGUUGUACAAUAUAGAUAUUUCAAGUUGCAAUUUCACUGGAUCAAUACCAAGAUCAAUGGAAGGCCUUACACAAUUGAGUUAUGUGGACUUGUCGUCAAACAAGUUCAAUGGUUCUGUUCCGUUCUUCAGUAUGGCCAGGAAUCUGACCGACAUAAAUCUUUCAUCCAAUCUUCUAAUGGGUCAGAUUAAUUCCUCUCACUGGGAAAGCCUUACUAUUCUCAAAAGUCUCGAGUUGAGUUUCAAUCUACUUGAUGGUACUAUUCCUCCGUCUCUGUUUUCUCUUCCCAUGCUGCAGAACCUAAUGCUUUCUGACAAUCAAUUCUCAGCUUCUUGCAAGUUGAGAAGAUUCCCAGGUUUCUUGAGAAAUCAAUCCGAAUUAUACAAUUUGGACCUUUCACAAAACCAGAUUCAUGGGGAGAUACCCAACUGGAUUUGGAGGCUUGGUUAUCUUGCUAUGCUAAAUCUUUCUUGCAACUCUCUGGUAACUCUAGAGGGUCCUUUCCUCAAUCUGACUUCUAACUUGCUUCUACUUGACCUUCAUUCCAACCAGCUUCAGGGACGAAUCCCAAUUUUCCAACCAGUUGUCAAUUAUCUAGAUUACUCAAAGAAUAAUUUCAGUUUCAACAUACCAUAUGACAUUGGUGAUUUUCUUACUCAAACUAGGUUCUUCUCUCUUUCAAAUAAUAACUUGCACGGGAUCAUUCCGGGAUCACUGUGCAAUGUGAAGUCUCUUCAAGUUCUUGAUUUGUCCAGCAAUUCUUUGAGUGGCAUGAUUCCUCGAUGCUUAUCUGCAACGACCAAUCUUGUAGUACUUAAUUUAAGGAGAAACAAUCUUGCUGGCACAAUUUCUGAUAAGUUUUCAGCAAAUUGUAGUUUGGGAACUUUGGACCUCGGUGCAAACAAAAUAGGAGGCAAGUUUCCAAAAUCUCUAGCCCGGUGUGAAAUGUUAGCAGUGUUAAACCUUGGACACAAUCAGAUAACUGAUGUUUUCCCUCACUUGCUAAAGGAAAUAUCCACUUUGCGUGUCCUUGUCUUGCGAUCCAAUAGAUUCUAUGGGAACAUUGGAUGUCCCAAAACCAAUGGAACCUGGUCAAAGCUUCAAAUUAUUGACCUUGCUGACAACCAUUUUAGUGGAGAAAUUCCAGGAGAUUGCUUGACAACAUGGCCAGAAAUGAUGGUUGAUGGAGAUGAUCCAGCUCAAGUGCUCAACCACCCUGAAUUUCAGGUCAAUACCUUCCCCAUGGUUUACUAUCAAGAUGCUGUAACUGUAGUGAGCAAAGGUUCAGAGGUGGAACUAGUAAAGAUUCUCACUAUCUACACCUCCCUUGACUUGUCGUGCAACAACUUCAGUGGAUCAAUACCUAAGGAAAUUGGAGAGCUCAAAGCACUUUACAUCCUCAACUUGUCCAGCAAUGCUCUCACAGGUGAAAUUCCAUCCUCAUUGGGUAACUUGUUGAAAGUGGAAUCCUUAGACCUCUCAAACAAUAGCCUGAGCGGGGAAAUUCCACCACAGCUUGCAAGACUUACGUUCCUAUCAUUCUUGAAUGUGUCCUGUAAUCACCUCGUUGGGAGGAUCCCAACCAGCACUCAAUUUUCAACGUUUCCAGCAGCUUCUUUCACUGGUAAUGAAGGGUUAUGGGGGCCUCCUUUGACAGGAGAUAACACAACAGAGCUGUCACCACCACCACCAUCAGAAAAAGGGUUUUCCCAUUCUGGGCCUGAGAUUGAUUUUGAUGUUUUAAGCGUUGAAAUUGGAUGCAUCUUUGGGUUUGGAACUGUGGUCAUGCCACUUGUGUUCUGCAAGAGAUGGAGGAAAUGGUAUUACAGAAGUGUGCAGAACAUUUUCUUCAAGAUGUUCCCUAGUCUGGACAAAAGAAGGGAUAGCCGAGGACGACGUGUUUCGAGGAAUAGAAGGAGGAGACAUUGAUGUUUUCCUGUGUCCUAUUAAUCAGUGAUAAGGGUACUAGUGUUUCCUAUAAAUCAGUGAGAUUUUUCCGUUUGCUGUUUGUUUCCGUUUGCUGAUCGUUAGGUGUGGUGGCUUCUGUAACUUUUGGAUGUUCUGUUCUGUUCUGUUCGUUCUGUUCUGUUCUGAUAUAUGUAGUUGUUGGAUAUGAAGUGUUCAGUGUUAGAGUUUCGAUUGAGUCGAUAUGUAAUUCACUACCUUUUAUUUGAAUAAAAUACCAUGUUCUAUAUGAUCUGGAUAUACCUGUAACUGUAACCUAACUUGGACUUAUCUGUGUGGGGUUAGUUUUUUGCUUGUCUUAUCUGAGAUUCAUAUUUAAUAUUCGCAUGGAUAGUAUUGUAAUUGAAAAAUAAAGAACAGCAAAUAAAUAAUAAAUAAAAAGGAGAAACAUGGGAGCGCACCAGAAGUGAGGAGGUUUUGAACAUCAUCUCGCGUUCUGGAGGUUAGUGAGUCAAUGGGCCGCCUACCCACGCCACUCCAGUCUCCUCCAAUUCGUUUUUCUGUAAGUGGCUUCUUCUCCAAUUCGUUUUCUGCAUCAGAUUUUUCCUCCCAAGAGAACUGAAGAUUUUGCCUCUCUUUAAUUUUCUACUACAAGAAAGAACCGAGUAAAAGGAAUUUUCUACCAUCAAAUUUGAGCGAGUUAGUUGGUCUCUGUAAUUUGAGCAAGUUAGGAAUUUUCUACCAUCGAAUUUGAGGAAGUGAGUCCGAGAAUGGUUUUUAAGAUUCUCAGUUGCCAAGUGUUGCUGCCUAGGUGUUUGAUGAAAUGCCAGAACGCGAUUUUGGGUCCCUAAAUGGAGAGGAUCCAUCUCAGCUUCGGUAAUCCUGCGCCUAUUGAGGUAAUCAGUAGCAUUUCUUUUUCAUCUUAAAUAUGUUUAUGUUUAGUGCAAAGGAAUUAGCACAACUGCUAUAAUAUUAUCUAAUUUUUGUGUGUUUUAAAUUAAUUUUCUAAUCUCUGGAAUGGCCAACUGCGUGGGGGACGGGGGACUGGGGACAUCCUGUCAUGGGUGGCGGGGAGGCAGGGAGGCGGGGGCAGUGCAGAGGUGAGGGAAUAUGAUAUCUCUCUAUUUUUUUGGUUCUGUUAAGGUCUUGAUGUUGAUGGAGCAAAAUGUAACUGAAGAUGCCCGAAGAAGUGCCAAGCAAGAACUCAAUGCAUAGUCUGCACCUGAACUUCAAUGCAUAUAUAUAUGUGGAUGUACAUAUAUGCAUGCAUAUGUUGACUAUCAUGAUGGCGUUGAAUAUAUGAAUUGGUAGCUAGAGCAUUUACUGUACCACUCAGGAAGUAUACUCAUGAGAUAUUGACUCUUUGGUUAGAUGUCACUUGGGGUUUCCCUCCAUACUGGGUUUGGAAUUGUUACAAAGAAACAAGUGAGGACAACGUCGAGGUAGUCGAGCUAUCGUCUGUAUGCUUUCUGAAUGUGAGAGGACAAUUCAAGAUGUCAGAGCUCUCAGCAGGAGUUGUUUAUGUGGGUGGCCCGAAGAAGUGCCAAGCACGAACUCCAUGCAUAGUGUGCACCUGAACUUCAAUGCAUAUAUACAUAUGUGGAUGUACAUACAUGUAUGCAUAUGCUGACUUUCAUGAUGGUGUUCAAUAUAUGAAUUGCUAGCUCAAGUGUUUACUGUACCACUCAGGCUCAUGAGAUAUUGGCCCUUUGGUAUAGGACUCCUGUAGUCCUUCUGGGAGCUACACAUUACUGUUGGCUGUAUAUUUGCUGAACUUGUAACGAAACAAGCACUCUUCUCUGGAGAUUCUGAACUGCAGCAGCUCCUACAUAUAUUCAGGUUGAUUAGGUGCUCCAAAUGAACAAGUGUGGCCAGGUAUAAACAACUCAUGAACUGGCAUGAAUACCCCCAGUGGAGCCCUCAAAGUUUGUCCAAGGAUGUCCCCAAUUUGGAUGAGAUGGGGUUGGAUUUUUUGUUGGUAUGUCAGUUUGCUUUACUCAAAGUGGUUGUUUGGUGCUUUGUUAUUCUGCAUUGGAAGUAAUACCUGCUGUAAUUUAAAUGUUUAUGCUUGCAGCAGCAAAUGUUGCAAAAUGAGCCUGCAAAACGCAUUUCAGCAAAGAAAGCUAUGUAACACCCAUACUUUUAUUUGUUUUCCUCCAGCAUUUUUGCACUUGUGUUAAAUCUUAUGAUACGUAUUGCUUUUAGCCUAAAUUUAUAGUCGGUAGUACAGAUUCUCAGUUUAAAUAUCUAUUAAUUUGAGCUUUGAAUAUUACUUUUAGGAAUAUUGGGAUUCCAAAAAUCUAAUGCCAAAAUAAAUUAUUCAUUAGG